AUGUCUCCGCAGUUCCCGCAACAGCAGCAGUCCGAGCAAGCGGAAGAGCUUCCGUGGGACCACGGCGACAACGUUCCCGUCGCCCCCGUUAUCGCGUUCCCUGGUAACCACCCGAGCGUCGCUGGUAACCUCGCGGGUAACCACAUGGGUGUCGCGAGUAACCACGGUGGUAACCACCGCCGAUCGCGAUCCAUGGGAAUGGGGGCUAUGGGAAUGGGGGCCAUUGCGCCUGAUUUUCUCGCGCAGAUGGGAGCACCGGGACAGUUUCUGCCAGGCCCCGCGGGAGCGGGGAGAGGCGCGCAUCCGCCUGCGCCAGAGGGGAGAGGGGAGGCGGGAGCGCAGGGGAGAGUCGGGGGCGAUAUGGACGGGCGCGGAAGAGGGGGAGGCGCGGGCGGAGGAGUUAGCGGCCCAGGGGAAGGUCCGAGGGGGAAAGGCGGAGUGGGGGGGGAAACCAGAGGCCCAAGCGGCGGAGGGCAGGAGGCGCAAGGCAAGGGGGCGAAUUUAGACAGUAUUGACCCUCGGUUUAAGCCUAAGUUCAUAAAAUCCGGCGGGCGGGUGUGGGAGAUGUUUUCAGGACCGUCCGUUAAUAUUCUGAGGAGAGAGGACGACGCGGAUUUGCCGCCGGAGGACUUAGCGGCUAUGGUUGCCGUGCCUGUCGCGAAGCCCUCGCGCCAUCGGCGCACCAAGUCCGCCUUCCCCGCGGACUCCGGGCAGUUCUUGCAGGAAAUGGACUUCCGCGGAGGGGAAUUGGGGAACAGAUCGGGGGAAGGGGCGGACGGGGAAGGGGGAGGCGGAACAGGAGCGUGGGGAGGCGGAGGGGGAGGUGGGGGCGGGAAAGCGGGCGGAAUGGGGGCUAGGGGAACUGUUGGGGGGAGGGGGAGCGGGCCUGCAGGCGGGCAGAGAAUGUUAUCGUCGGCAGGGGGGGUAAGGCGCGCCUCCCUUGACGGCGGCGGAAGGGGCGCUCCCCUUGAAGAGGGGGUAAGGCGCGCCUCUCUUGACGGAGGACGGAUCCCUGCGCCAGUCCCCUCCUCCUUCUCAGACCCUUCCAAACCGAUCCCCACCCAUCCUCUGAGGCAUCGGUCUAUGGACCUUUCAAGUAGUAACACUAGUUAUGGUAACAAUAGUUACAGUAACAGUAGCUAUGGCAGUGGCCCCGGAGGAGAUGGGGGAAGUGAUGCAUUGGGGGGGAAUGCGCGCAAGGGGAUUGGGGGAGGGUCUGUGGGCGGGGGUUUAGGCGGAGGAGGGUUGGGGCGGGGGGGAGCAGCGCGAGGGCAGGGCAGCGGGAGGGAAAGGGGCGCACAAUCCCCCCUUGGGCAAAUCCGUGAGCAUGGGGACGAUAACGAGGAGGAUAGUAACGAGAAUUUCUUGCAGCAACACCAGGAUGGCAAUUCUGGGAAGUACGGAAGGGGGAAUCAUGCUUCAGGCCAAGCUUCCGCCCUCCUUUCCCCCCUGCACGGCGGAAGCCUUGGGGGCGGUUUCUCUGGGGGAGGCGGAAGGGGCGGCGGAGGCGGAGGGGGACGAGGCGCAGGGGGAGGGGGCGGGGGGCAGGGUCACAGGCGCAGUCAGAGCUUGCAGGGGCCUGGGGGAGGGGGCUGGGGGUUCUCUGGAGGGGGGGGCGGGGAUGGGUGGGCGGGGGGAAGCUAUCAGACGGAGCAGGCGCAGGGGCAGGCGCAAGGGCAGGGGCAGGGGCAGGGGCAGGGGCAGGGGCAGGGGCCGGGGGGGCGGAUGCGGAGACCUAGCACGGGGCAGAUGGGGAGAGGCGGGGGCGUGGGGGAAACGGGCGGGUUGGGGGGAGGGGGACGAGGCGGAGGCAGGGGAUGGGUUGGGGGAAGAGGCGGAGGAGGGGGGGAAUCGGGGGGAGCAAGAGGUGGAGGGGAAGGAAAUGGUAUGAUGGGGGAUGGAGAGCUGGAGGACAGAGUGAGAGAGGAGGAGGGAGCAGGGGAGGAGGGAGGAGAGGAGGAGGGAGGAGAGGAGGAGGGAGGAGAGGAGGAGGGAGGAGAGGAGGGAGCAGAAGUGGAGGAUGGGAGGGUGCAUCCGGGGGAAGAGGGGGAUGAUGAGGACGUUCCGCUUGCUCCUGUUUCCCCUGUUCCUGUGCACUGGGGUGCAGCUAACACAGGGUUUAAGGUCCCAAACUCAGGCGGAGAAGGGAUGGGGGAAGGAGCGGGAGCAGCAGGCGUGAGGAUGGACGACAUGGGUCAACAGACGCAGCAGCAGCAGCAGCAGCAGCAGCAGCAGCAGCAGCAGCAGCAGCAGCAGCAGCAGCAGCAGCAGCAGCAGCAGCAGCAGCAGCAGCAGCAGCAGCAGCAGCAGCAGCAGCAGCAGCAGCAGCAGCAGCAGCAGCAGCAGCAGCAGCAGCAGCAGCAGCAGCAGCAGCAGCAGCAGCAGCAGCAGCAGCAGCAGCAGCAGCAGCAGCAGCAGCAGCAGCAGCAGCAGCAGCAGCAGCAGCAGCAGCAGCAGCAGCAGCAGCAGCAGCAGCAGCAGCAGCAGCAGCAGCAGCAGCAGCAGCAGCAGCAGCAGCAGCAGCAGCAGCAGCAGCAGCAGCAGCAGCAGCAGCAGCAGCAGCAGCAGCAGCAGCAGCAGCAGCAGCAGCAGCAGCAGCAGCAGCAGCAGCAGCAGCAGCAGCAGCAGCAGCAGCAGCAGCAGCAGCAGCAGCAGCAGCAGCAGCAGCAGCAGCAGCAGCAGCAGCAGCAGCAGCAGCAGCAGCAGCAGCAGCAGCAGCAGCAGCAGCAGCAGCAGCAGCAGCAGCAGCAGCAGCAGCAGCAGCAGCAGCAGCAGCAGCAGCAGCAGCAGCAGCAGCAGCAGCAGCAGCAGCAGGUGAGUGAGCAUCAGCAGCCGAUGCUGUCCCCACAACAACCCAUGGGGUUUGUACAGCAGCAGCAGCAGCAGCAGCAGCAGUGGCAGCAGCAGCAACGGUACAACCAGCAGCAGCAACAGCAGCCGCAUCAGGGGCAGGGGCAGAGGCAGGGGCAGGGGUGGCAGCAGGGAUCGUGGCAGGAGCAGCAAUACGAGACAGAGGAGGAAAUCGACCAGCAGGAGCUUUUCCGAUCCUCCACCGCCCCGGCCAAACCUGCAGGCUCGGCGAGAGCUGCUGCUGCCACUGCUGCGCGUUCUGGUGCCAGUGGAAAGGAAUUCGAGGAGGAGGGGAGGGAGGAGGGGGAUGGGGAGGGGGAGGGGGAGGGGGAGGGGGAGGGGGGAGGGGGAGGGAGAGGAGAUGGGGGAAUAGCAGGGGGGUUUGGAGCAGGAGGGGGAGGGGGAAGAGGAGCGGCAUCACAAGGCAUGUCACGGCAUAAGAGGACAAUGUCUGCUAGUUCAGCUGCUGGUGGUGGCGCGCUUGCUGGAUACUCUGCUGUUGCAGGUUUUGAUCCCGGUUUUGGUGCUGGCGCUGGUGGUGCUGCUGCUGGUAUUUCUGCUGCUGGUGGUUUUGCUGCUGUUGGUGGUGCCCCUGGUGGUGCUGCUGGUGGUUACCACACUGGUGGUAACACUGGUGCUCGUUUGCCGCCCCCUCACUCCCCCGCUCGUCAAGGGGGUGGGAUUCAACCGACCCAACAACACUCCUCUCCUCCUCCCCCUCACCGCCACUCUCGCUCCCACUCUCACUCGCCUUCCCCUCCCAAACCCCACCCUCAUCCCCACACUCAGUCCGUUUAUUCUCCCAAGUCCCAAUCUCACUCCCAUGCUCACUCCGUUUCUUCUCCCAAGCCCCAUCCUCACUCACUUUCUCACUCGCACUCCCCUUCGAAGCCUCUUCCUCACUCCCCCCGCUCCCCCCAUCCCUCAUCCUCCCCCAAUCCCCCCAUGUCCCCGAGCCAUGCUGGGGGGAGCUGGGGGGAGAGGGCGGUGGGGGGAGUUGGGGGAGUGGGGGGAGUGGGGGGAGCAGGACGAGGGGGGUCGCCCCUCCGUCCUUCUGCAGGGAAAGGGGGGGGAAUUGGAAGAGCAGAAGGAGCAGGGACAACACUUGCUGCUGGUGCUUCUGGUGGUGGUUUGAGCGUGCUGAGACGGCCUUUUGAGGAUAUAACGGAGCAGUUUCUAUUGAGGGCUUCAGUAAGGGGAGACAGAGGCGCCUGCAGUGGUGAGACGGUUGGUGGGGCUGCUGAGGGAUCAUGCACACGCACACUCUUAGCCACGAGGGGAUCAUACCCACACACUCUUUUACCCCUCUCUCCAUCCUCUCCACUCCCUUCCCUUGUUCCCGCCUUUCCCACUGCAGCAUGUGCAUCUGGUGAUGGAUUUGUGUCAAGGGGGGGACCUGUGGCAGCAGGUGCAGCAGAGGGGGGUAUACAGCGAGAGGGAAGCGGCAGCAGUGGUGGGGCGGCUGGUGGGGCUGCUGAGAGAUCUCAUGUGCAUCUGGUGAUGGAUUUGUUUCAAGGGGGGGACUUGUGGCAGAGGGUGAAGCAGGGGGGGGUAUGGAGAAAUAGAGGCAGCAGCAGUGGUGGAGUGGCUGGUGGGGCUGCUGAGGGGGCUGCACGUGCAGGGGAUCAUGCUCACACUCUCUCAUACCCUUCUCUUCGUGCUCUUACACACAUUCUUAUACUCCUCUCUUCAUCCCCUCUUCUCCUCUCCCAUCCCCUCCCCACCGCUCCCCCUCCUCCUCUGCAGCACUUUCAUAUAGUAAUGGAUUUGUGUCAAGGGGGGGACCUGUGGCAGCGGGUGCAGCAGGGGGGGGCGUAUGGGGAGAGUGAGGCAGCAGCAGUGGUGGGGCGGCUAGUGGGGUUGCUGAGGGACCUGCAUGCCCAGGGGAUCAUGCAUCGCGAUGUGAAGCCGGAGAAUGUGCUUCUAAGGAGGGAGGAUGAUGAUGUGGAUGUUGCAGUUAUUGACUAUGGGGUUUCGGUGUUCUUCAAUCCAGGAGAACGCUUUUCUGAGAUCGUGGGCUCGCCAUUCUACAUCGCCCCAGAGGUCCUCCACGAAUCCUACGGUCCACAAUCCGACAUAUGGGCGGCCGGAGUGAUCCUGUUUGUCCUUUUGUCGGGGGCACUUCCCUUCUGGGGGGACUCAGACGAGGGGGUGUUUCGGGCUAUAUUGGAGAAGAGUGUGGAGGAGGAGGUGGAGAGGGAGGGAGUGUGGGAGAGCGUUUCUGACGAAGCCAAGGAUCUGGUGUUGCGCAUGCUGUCAAAAGAUGCCGCCCUCAGAAUCACGGCAGAUGAGAUUCUCGUCUCUGACGCCACGCACUACAGCGAGCACCAGGUGCCGCAGCGGUCCGCUGUGAGGCGAGUGGAAGGGGGAGGAGCAUACGAGCUGGAGAACGUGUGCAUACAUGCUCGGUUCAAGGGAGGGGUGAUCUUGCACAGGGUAGAGGAUGUGCCGGGCGAUGGUGAUGGUUUACCCCUAUGCAACGAGGCAGGCUGUUUCACCUUCCCAGUAACCUACACCAAUGACAAGCUGCCACGUGGCAAGAGGGGGCACAGCGGAUGGAUAGAGGACGCUACAGCUGUCAUCAUGCCACUGACGGCCGGCAAUCCUUGGCAUUUUCUGCACCACGUCAUCCCUCUGUCACAUCUCCUCUCCUCCCAGCGCCACGCCCUGCGCAACAGCACAGCGCAUCUCUUUCCAUGCCUGGCCAGGGGGACCGAAGGCAUGCUCGCCCACACCUCCCACAUACAUGGGGACACAGGCGUGCACACAGGCAUACAUGUGCAUAAAGACGAAGCUACACAUACCACUGCCGGCAUCUCUGUUCCCCCCUCUGACUAUUACUCCACUCGCCACUUCCCCUGGUGGCCUCUGCUCGCUGCUACUGCCCCUCCGAGUGUGACUCUCUACCAGUUGUUUCUUCCCUCCACCCUUUCCUCCUCUACGGUUCUUCUUUUCCUUCUACACCCCUUCCUCCAUCCCUCCUUUCCCUCCUCUUUCCUUCCAUUCCCCUUCCUCCCCUCUUCCCCAUUCCUCUUUUCCCUCCUCUUUCCCCCCCCGUCCUCCCCUCCUCCCCACUCUCUUCCCCACGCUAGGGGACAAAAGGUGAAUCAAAUCGAGAACGUGCCCCGUGAUCUAAUGAGAAUCAAAUCGCGCUGCCGCCUCGCUUCUCAGCAACAGCACAUCAAAACCCCAACGCCCGAGCUGGCCGAAAAGCGGUCUGACCACCACCACCGCCGCCGCCGCCGCCUCUCGUCUCUGGUAACCGUCUCAGAGGUGGCGGCGCUAGCAGCAAAUCGCUCCUCCCCCUUCGUGUGCUAUCGUCACGCCUUCCUGGGUCUGCCUCCAGCCUUCUCCCCUGGCCCGCUGCUGCAGAGGCGGCCAGCUCUGCUGCCUGUCAAGUCAUUUCAGGCAUUCAGACGACGGGCUUUGGCCCUUGCUGGGGUGACAGAGGACAGCAAUUUUCCACCACACGAUUUCCAACCCUCAACGUCCGCCUCCUCGUCGUCGUCCUCUUUGCCAUCCGCCACGUCAGCGCCACUCUCCACGUCAGCAUCAACAACACUCUCUGCAAUUUCAUCAUCAUCAUCAGUAUCGUCUCGCCCUCACUCAGCACGCCCUCUAAUGGGCAUCAUCGCUCGGGAUAAGACCCGCCGGCUCUGCCACCUACCAUAUCUGGUAAGAGCAGCGGAGUCAGCAGGGUUCGAGGUGCGUGUGCUGCAGUUUGAAAAGUUUGACGUGGGGCAGCAGAUUCGAGAGGCACACCAGCUAGAUGUGCUGGCAGGGAGUCACGGUGCAGGCAUGAGUAACCUCAUCUGGUUACCACCCAAAGCCCAGGUCCUCGAAAUCUACCCCGCGCGCCCCUCCCCCUUCCUCCUGCCUGCUCGCAACCUCAUCCCCGCCUCUGACUAUGGCCGCUGGGCCAGCCUCUUUCAGGGCAUGAGUAACCUCAUCUGGUUACCACCCCAUGUGCAAGUCUUGGAGAUCUAUCCCGCACGCCCCACCCCCUUCCUCUUGCCUGCUCGCAACCUCAACCCCGCCUCCGACUACGGCCGCUGGACCCACCUCUUUCAGGUGCUAGAAAUCUAUCCGACACGCCCCUCUCCCUCCCUCCUCCCUGCUCGCAACCUCAACCCCGCCUCUGACUAUGGCCGCUGGGCCCGCCACUUCCAUGCCUCACACUCCCUCCUUUCCUCCCUUCCUCUGUCCCUUUUUCCCUCCCUUCCUCCCUUCCUCCCUUCCUCCCUUCAUUCCCUCCUCUCCCCCUUGCCUUCCUCAGGAGCGGGCAUGAGUAACCUCAUCUGGUUACCACCACAUGCUCAAGUCUUGGAAAUCUACCCCGCGCGCCCCUCUCCCUUCCUCCUCCCUGCUCGCAACCUCAACCCCGCCUCUGACUAUGGCCGCUGGACCCGCCUCUUUCAGGUCCUAGAAAUCUACCCCGCGCGCCCCUCUCCCUUCCUCCUGCCAGCCCGCAACCUCAACCCCGCCUCUGACUAUGGCCGCUGGGCUAGUCUCUUUCAGGUCGAUCAUGCUGUUGCGCUACAGUGCCCGUUGCAGGAUGAACAGUGCCAGGUGGCUGAGCAGGUGGGGGAACAGGUGGGGCAACAGAUGGGAGGUGCCAUGGGAGGUCACGUGGGGGAGCAGGUGGAUGAGCAGGUGGGAGAUCAGGACAUCAACGGUCAGAAUCUUAUCCCGAUCCACCUGGACGGCUCAGAUCCUUCCGUGAUCGAGAGCAUCGCAUCGGGCGGCUGCAAAGCCGGGAAAUGCCCCGAGUUCCACAUUUGCGAAGGAACCACUCCUUUCGGCAGCGGCUCGGGGAAUUUCGCGCUCUGCGAAAGCAAACCUCUGAUGACGUCAGCAGUGGAAAAGACGAUUGAAGACAUGGUCUUUAAUCUACUCUCUGACGCUACCCCCGUGUCCAAUUGUCUGGAUGGUUCCGCCAUUGAGAAGCUCCGCGCGGGGGGAGCUUCCGCCGCGCAUCCCCCGUGGUUCCGCACAUGCCCUCAGCAAAAACCUUCCGUCGAUCCUUCCGCCGCUGGCGCAAGCUCCGCCGCCGCCGCCGCCGCUGGGGCUGCUGGGGGAAGCGGGAAGCUAGAGUCAUGCGUGGUGCCACCUUACCCCGGCCACGUCAUCAUGCUUCGUGACGUGUACGUCGAUCUGCACGGCCACGUGUUCAACGGCACGCACCGCUUCGUCUUCGGCGGGGGUCCACGUGGAUCCGACGUGGUUGGAAAACCAGGAGAGGGCGCCACGAGCGAGUUCUCUUAUCCGAAGGGGACUACAGCGGUGGUAUACGAGCACGUGUUGCAUCUCUUUCCCCCCCAUAUAAGCACAUCCGCGCACACGCGCGCGCACGGGGAAGCAGCAGGCGCGGAGGGGGAAGAGCGCGGGGAGGGGCGCGAGGCAAGGGGGGAGUCUGUGCGCGGGCGAGCGGCGAUCUAUAGGUGGAUGGUGGAGUGGCUUUUACCGGGACUCAUGGCGGUUCAUGAUGCCAUGCCGAGUUUCGAACACUACCCCAUGCUGCUGCCCUUCUCGCAGUCUCUUCGCAUCAUGAGCCACCAGCUAUUUGGAUUCGACCUCGCCUCACGAGCACUGCACUCUCCCCCAAAGUUCGGCCAGGGGGGAGGGGACGAAGCGAGGGAGGCACACCCCCUCUUCGUGCACUUUCUCUUUGUCCCCUCGUUCCUCUCCUGCGCCUCCCCCUCCCCCUCUCUCCUCCGCCUAGCCCGCGCCCGCCACUUCCUCCCCCCAGACGGCCUCCCCUCCUUCCUCCCCUCCUUCAAACCCCACUCCCCCCCGCCCCUCUUUCUUUCCGCGGAUGGGCUCUCAUCAGGGGGGGAGUGGCUGGUGGUGGUGGUGCGGACGGGGUUAGGGGGAGCGAGGGAGAGUGGGGGGGGAGGAGGGGGAGUGGGGGGGGGGGUGGAGGAGGAGGAGGAGAUUGAAAGGGUGGUGGUGGAGAGGUUUGGGGCGGAGAGAGUGGAGAGCUAUCAGGGGCACAUGGGCAUGGACGACGUUUUUGUGGGGAUGGAGGAGGAGAUUGAGACGCUGGUGGUGGAGGGGUUUGGGGCGGAGAGGGUGGAGAGCUAUCAGGGGCAUAUGGGCAUGGAUGAUGUCAAGAAGCUCUUCAAUCGAGCCCGUCUGCUCAUCAACCCCUCCAGCCUCGCACUCUCACGCCCUUGCCUCAUCACAGUGUUUCCCCACUUUCCUUCCCCUUCAUUCAUCUCCCUCCCUCUUCCCCUCCCCCAUCAGUCAAGAAGCUCUUCAAUCGAGCCCGUCUUCUCAUCGGCCCCUCCAGCCUCGCACUCUCCUCCCUCCUCUUUCUGCCCUUCAAUGCUGCGCUGCUCGAGCUGCUUCCGCCCCCUGCUCUCAAUACCACCUCGGCUCCUGCUGGUGGUAAUGUCGCUCAAACUUCUAUUUGUCUCCUCCCCCCUCUUCCUCUCGUCUCCCCUCUUCCAUUCCUCCCUCUUCCUUUCCUCCCUCCUCUUCCUUUCCUCCCUCCUCUUCCUCUCCUCCCUCCUCUUCCUCUCCUCCCUCCUCUUCCUCUCCUCCCUCCUCUUCCUCUCCUCCCUCCUCUUCCUCUCCACCCUCCUCUUCCAUUCCUCCCCCCUCUUCCUGCCCAUCAAUGCCACCCUGCUCAAGCUGCUUCCGUCUCCUGCUCUCAGCACUUUUGAGCGAUUUUUUAGAAUUCUCAAAAACCCACCCUGCUCGAGCUGCUUCCGCCUCUUGCUCUCAGCACUUUCGCUCCUGUUGGUAACGCCACCGCUCAUACUCUCAGUUAUCUACCCCCAGUUGACUGCUGCCCUCUCUCCCUGCUUCUCGCCCUCUCCUCCCUUCGCGCCCUCUCCCACCUCCUCUUCCUGCCCUGGUCUUGGUUUACCAUAUUUCACCAGGACCAGCCCUGCUGGCGUUGAUGCAACAGGGGCAGCAGGGGCAGCGGCUGAGUCAGCAGGAUCGGCAGGAACAGCGGAAUCAGCGGGAGCAACGGGAUCAGCGGGAACAGCUGGAUUAGGCAGCGGUAUGUCGUGCAGGCUUCAACUGGUGGAGGGGGCACUUGAUGAGAUCAUGAGCGCACACUUCAGCGAUGUCAAACGGUCGGGAGCGGUGGAAGGCGGUGCAGGAGGAGGAACAGCACCUGGUGCAGCUUCUUCUGCCUCCUCUGUAACCUCAUCCCCUUCCCCAUCCCCACCACCACCAUCACCAGCAGCAGCAGCAGCAGCACCACCACCACAAUCAAUGCAACCACCACCAUCACCACCACCAGCAUCACCAGCAGCAGCAGCACCACCACCUGCAGUGGUUGUCACCCACCCCACACGCAGCUCCCCAGGGUCAGAGAAGGACGAAGGGCCGCAACCCUCCCCCUGGUACGAGCUGAACGAGCAGCAAUGGGACGAGCACAGGGAGAAGAUUGCAGAAGCCGAGGGGGGCGCAGGGGCGUUUGAAACGCGGCUGUUUAAUCUCACUGUGCCGCCUGAAAAGGACGAGACAGAGGACGGGGCGGGAGGAGGGCAAGGAGGAGAAGGAGCAGGAGGGGGUGUGAGUGAGGAGGGGAGUGGGAACAAGACAGCAGAGGGAAAGUCCCGUGCUCCUCCUCUGUUUCCGGAUUACUCGGAUCAUAUCCCCGGCACUAGGCUCCACACCAAGCGACAGGUGGUUCUUUUCAACAAGUGGAUGGAGUGUGUGUUGAGGGAGGGGAGGUGGGUGUUUAACGCCACGCCUCGCACUCUCCCCUGGGAAUACACGGGGUUUAUGAACAUGUGCGAUCACAAGCAGGUGGAGAAGCGCAAGGGGAAAGCGACGUGGGGAGCCGAUGAGCUGGUGUUGAAAGGGACGAGUCCGGAUAAGUGGACGGUAAGAGAAACACUUAAGUACGAGUAUUUGGUUCCGGAGGAUAAGUGUGGGGCUGCGGCGCUUAAGAAAGUGGUAGAGGCAGAGUUAGAAGAGUGCGGCGUGGGCUUUAAACCGCACGAUUUGCUAUCAGUGGGUGGAGCAUAA